AUGGAUGGGGAUCAAGGGAAUGACUAUAAUGACAAUGUUGAUGAGCCUAAUGAAAGUUUAAAGGAGAUGGACCCAACAGUGCAUAUGUGUUUUGACUCAAUGGCUGAAGCAAAAACUUUUUACACAAACUACGCCAUUAGACGUGGGUUUGCCGUGCGGACUAGAACUUCUAAAAAAGAUAAAGACAACAACGUCUACUACCUCAGAAUAGUAUGUUCAAGGGAGGGAAAAUAUGUGUCUUCCGUCAAACCAGUGGUAAAAACACUUCCAAGUCAAAUUAACCAAUGUCCUGCUGGGAUAACCAUUGCAAAGAAGGAGGACAAGUGGUUUAUAAGGAUCGUUGUUCUGGACCACAACCAAGAUCUUUGCCCAAAUAACUCCAAACUUUUUGCAGCCAAUAGAAAGUUAAGCAUGCAUGCAAAACACACGUUGGAGGUCAACAACGAUGCUGGAGUUAGGUUAAAUAAGAGUUUCCUUAGCAUUGUGAACGAUGCGGGGGGCUAUGAAAACAUGGACUUCUUCGAGCGGGACGCAAGAAACUACAUUGGCCAACACAUAAGAUCUUUAUGUAAGGAUGGUGAUGGUCAGGCUGAUGCAAGAAGUCGUGCUGCAUGUGAAGAAUUUGGUGAUGUUGUUUCCUUUGACACCACUUACUUAACAAAUAAGUACGACAUGCCAUUUGCGCCUUUUGUUGGAGUAAACCAUCAUGGACACUCCAUUUUACUUGGUUGUGGAUUGUUGUCUUCGGAAGACACUGCCUCAUUUGUAUGGUUGUUCCAAUGUUGGCUGAGAUGCAUGCGUAACAAGAGUCCUCAAGGUAUUAUUACUGACCAAUGUCGAGCAAUGGCCAACGCUAAUGAACAAGUGUUUCCUGAUACGAGGCAUAGGUGGUGUUUAUGGCACAUUUUGAAGAAGUUGCCUGAAAAAUUGCACGGGUAUAGAAAUAAUCCCGUUAUCAAAACCGAACUACAUGCGCUUAUAUAUGAUUGUCUUUGUCCAAUAGAAUUUGAAAAUGGUUGGAAGGAACUACUUACCAAACAUGGAUUGGAGCAAAAUGAAUGGCUAUGUAAUUUGUACGAAGAGAGACAUAAAUGGGUUCCGUGUUACUUGAAAAAAGAUUUUUAG